AACGUAGUGUUUAUAUAUAUUCUUUGGAUGGUUGAUUCUGAGUUCUGACGUUUGUAAUUUGCAGCAAAAAAAUAACCUAAUUCGUAAACAUUAAAAUAAAACUAAAAAUUAAAUAUUUUAUUCCUUUUGAAUCUUACAAUUCAUGUUAUUUUUGUGAAUUCAAACCAGCAUGUUCAGCUUUCGUUUACCUUUGAAUAAAGUCAUCGUUGCGGGUCCUAAUUUACUUUACCAACAAACUAGGAAUACAUUUAUACUAAAGAGAAAAUGGCCUCCACCACUGCACAAGAAAGGUGGCAAGCCAUCCAAAUUAAGAGCAAGACACUUUGUGUAUGACUUAGUUGAAGACACUAAUGUUACAAAACAACCUGAUGUAAAAGUAAUUUUAAGCCAAUUUGUGGAUGGUGUUGGCAAUGCUGGGGAUGUCUUGACUCUACGUCCAACAAUUGCCUACAGAGAUUUCCUCAUGCCUGGCUUAGCAAUGUAUGCAAGCCCUGAGAACUUGGCUAAACACAAAGUAGAUGAAAAGAAACCUAAAAUUGAGUCUGAAUAUAGUUCCCCAUAUGUUCAAAGGACAUUGGGUUGCUUGUCACGAUUAGUAUUACAAAUAACAAUGAGCAAGACACAACCGUGGACUCUGGAACCUUGGCAUGUUAGAGUAUCUUUCAGAAAAGCUGGUUUUGUUGUACCCGAACAUGCAAUAACCAUGCCUCCAGUCACAAUUAAAGGACCAGACCUUUCCCUACAGGAAAAGGAAUUUGCUGUCACUGUUAAAGUAAAUAAUAAAGAAGAAGUUAAUGUGAGAUGUAGAAUUCAUCACUGGGCUACAGGUUUAGAGAGGCUGCCUUGGGUGCCGUACCAUUGGAAAGAACCAAAGGAAGCACUAGUUCCUGAACAAGCGUCUGUUCUAGAAAGCCUACCAUUACUUAAGUAGUAUAUAAUAAAUAAUUUACUUAUGAGUAGAUUUCUUAUAUUUUAAAUCAUAUAGAUUCAAUAAAAGUUGAUGAUGUGAA